GCCCAAGUACCUGCUGUUUGAAUUAUAGUGAAUUUUUCCUUUCUAUGUUCCCGAGACCAGACACACACAAACGGAUCUAAAGAACGUUUCCUGGCAGUAAACGCACACGUGAGGAUUCUAACGUCCCCGACGGUGGCGGGGCCAGGACAGUCCAGCGCGCAGGCUGGGCCCGCGGGGUCCCCCUUCCCACGGGACAGAGGACCCGGAGCCCCCGGUGUGACCUCAGGCCCCCACGUGGGGGCGGGGAGGAUGGGCGGGGCCUCCGGUGUUAAAGGUCGUAUGUCAAAACCGACCCGGACACUGUCCUGCUCAGGUCAUUGUCUGUGUUCUUAAAGGGCACAGACGAACGGUGACUUCCCCAGGAGCCGACUCCUGACCCCGGACGUCACCAGACCGACCCACCCCCGUUUGUCCAGUUUUAGCUCCAGACGCCGCGCGCCAGCUGCGGAAACUGAGUCAGGACUUCCGAGUCCAGGAGGAGGAGGGGCCUCCCUGCCCGAGGUGGAGGGUCUCGGGAAACCGGCCAAUAAGGAGCCGAGGCUGUGGGACGGCCCAAAGCACCGCCCAAUCAGGGCGCGGGCUGCCGGAGCUCCGUCCAAUCAGGCCCGGGGGCGGGCGCGCUCGUAUCCGCGUGGACGUCGCUCUCGUCCGGCCGCGUCCCCGCCCACACCUGCCCUGCGCGGCCCCAGGUGUCCCGUCCUGUCGCUGUCACCUGCCGGGGCCGCGGGGAGGACGCGCGGAGGGUCCGGAGCGGGCGGAGAUGGACUCGCUGGUCUUUGAGGACGUGGCUGUGAACUUCACCCCAGAGGAGUGGGCUCUGCUGGAUGGUGCUCAGAGGAAGCUCUACAGAGACGUGAUGCUGGAGACCUGCAGGAACCUGGCCUCCGUGGAUUGUUGCACUCAGGUUAAAACCAGUGGAUCAGUUCCUCAGUGGAAUAUUUCGGAGAAUAAAAUAUCCAGUGAAAAUAAAAAAGUAAAAUUCAUCAGAAAUGAUUUCUGCUCUGCUUUUGGAGGAAAUUGGACAUUUCAGAACGUUGGAGAUCAGCAAACCCAGGAGAGGCGUGUGAGGGUGCUUCCUAUUUUGAACAGGAGCCAUUUGCUGGAGAGUCUCCAUGGAAGUAGUGGAGGUGAUGGCUGUGGAGAAACCCUGAACCAGAUUACAGACCUUCCUGUGCGUGAGAGGUCUCUGACUAGAGUUAAACAUGAUGAAUGCACGAAGUGUGGAAAAGCCCUCACAGAUUGUUGUCUCCUAAAGAAUCGGCAAAGACCUCACACUGGACACAAAGCUCAUCCAUGUGAGGAAUGUGGACGGGCCUGCAGUUGUGUCUCGUGCCUUAGCACUCAUGUGGAAACAGACAUUGUGGAGAAGCCCUGUAGAAGACAUUGGGAUACUGGGAGAGCAUCUGAGAGACACGUGAAGAGUCUUUGUAGUAAAAAAUCCUUCGAGUGUAAGAAAUGUGGAAAAGUUUGUACUUAUAUCUCAUCCUUACAGGAACAUGACAGAGGUCACCAUGGACAGAAAACCAAGGUGUGUGACGUAUGUGAGAAAGUCUUUAUGUCUUACUCCUGUCGUACAGAACAUGUAAGAACUCCUAAUAAAGAGAAACCUUAUGCUUGUCAGCACUGUGGGAAAGCCUUCGGUUGUCACUCCUCCCUUCAGCGACAUGUGAGAUCUCACGGUCAGGAGAGACCCUAUGAGUGUCAGCACUGUGGGAAAGCCUACAAGAGGCCUCACCAUUUUCAAAGGCACGUGAGAGUGCACAGUGGAGUGAAACCCUAUGAGUGUAGCGAGUGUGGCAAAGCCUUCAGCUCUUCUGCAUCCCUGCAGGUGCACGUGAGACUGCACACUGGGGAGAGACCCUAUGCGUGUCAGCACUGUGGGAAAGCCUUCAGCCAUCACUUCUUCCUUCAAGUCCACGAGAGGACCCACAGUGGGGAGAGACCCUAUGAGUGUCAGCAGUGUGGGAAAUCCUUCAGUCGUCACACUGCCCUUCGAGAUCAUGUGAGAACCCACAGUGGAGAGAGACCAUAUGAAUGUAAGGAAUGUGGGAAAGCCUUCAGUUACUCCUUGUCCUUACGAGAACAUGUGAGAACGCACACUGGGGAGAGACCCUUUGAAUGUCAGCAGUGUGGGAAAACCUUCACCGGUCACUCCUCCCUUCGAGGACACGUGCGGAUCCACAGUGGGGAGAAACCCUAUGAAUGUAAGCAGUGUAGGAAAGCCUUCAGGUUUUCCUCCAACCUUCAAGUACAUUUGAGAACACACACAGGGCACACCCUAUGAAUGUCAGCAAGGUGCAGAGCUUACAGGUAUCCCUGAAACCUAUGAGGACACAUGCUGGAGAGAAAAUCCAAAUACAAAGACUGGGGGAAAACCUUUAUUCUGCCUUAAAAGCUUGCUGUAGAUGUGAGCAGACACACUAGAGAGAAAUGUUAUAAAUAGGAAAACUGUGGGGAAACCGUCACAUGUACCAUUUCAGUUCUUUUGUACAUGAAGACUCAUGGCAGGACGGAAGUCUUUUAAUUGAUAUACAUAUGGCUCUGCCUUUGUAAGUGUCUCGUCAUCCCUAGUAGGGAUCACCAGUGUGUUGACUGCCAGUUCGUGUUGCUAAUCUGAACUCUGAAGGUAAUACAUAUCUAUGUCCCCUUCAUCUGUCCUACAUAUGUGUUCUCAUCUUGGAUUUUAAAUAUUUGUACAAUUAUAUAAAACUUGUCUCAUUUCCAUUACAGUGUCUUUUGGAUCCAGGGGAGAUAAGUGGGUUUUGUUUUUUCUGUUUUUAUUCAUGUGCAACUUGAUAUGAUGUUAGCUGAACUAUGUUUUCAUUCUUACUUUAUGCUCCUAGUAUGCAAUCGUGAUGUGAGACCUGUAUUGUUGAAUUUUCUUUUAACAGCGUCUGCUGCUGAUACUGGAAUUUUCUGACUCAAUAUUUGCUCUUCCUUCAUUAUUGAAAGGUGAUUCUUCCACAUUUGUUUGUUGUUAGUGGAUACCUCAUCUGUGUUCCUCAAAGAAGUUUGUAAUUGUGGGAAGAUCAACAGUCCCAUCUGGUUCUGUUCAUAAUUUGACCUGUGGUCAUUCUCCUUGAUCUUGUUUGGAAAUUGUCACAAUGCCUUGAGUUCAGGAGAGAGAGUUGUGGCAUGAAGAUGGAGCUGGAGUCCAGAGGCUUCUACUGAACUGUGCUGUCACGUUGGGGAAGGUGGGAAACCAUGUGUCCCAGAGUCCUUCUGUUUGUGGCUCUGAGUUAAAAUUCACGAGCAGAGGAAGACGCAUGAGGUUUGGAAAGCAGAAGUAGAGAAGCCACAAUUCUCAGUUCUCCUGUCCCAUCAGGAGACAGAAGUGCAUGGGACCCUCGGAGGCCUGCGUCACAGCACACUUUUCUGACUUAUGGCUCUGCCCAUCUGGAACAGCCCCAGCCAAACACCAUGUUUGACGUUGGUUCUCUCUGAGGCAGCAGGUUCCACAGACUUUCCCACAAGCUCCCCCAUCAUGGACCCUCUUUGGUUGCACUGACCCUGCAUUUCUUGUUUCUGGAUAUUUCCAUGGUUGCAAUCAACAGUGUAAAUAUAUUUGGCAGCUUGUAAUAGUUUUCUCUUACAGCUGACUUCUGUCUAAAUGAUGAAUGUACGCUUUCUUGCUUUCCAUUUUUAUAUGUGAUUACUCAGUGUUUUUUCACUUUUUGUAUAUGUGAUUCAGAACAAUGUGCAGUUUUGGUCAAAUAUAGUUCCCUAUGUUGUUUCUUAGCAAGCUUAUUACCUAGGUUUUCAAAUCUGUUUUUUACUUACAAGUGUCAUGUUUCAUUUUUCAUUAACUGAGAGGAUAGCUUAGAGCCCUUGCCUGACAUUUUCCAUGGGACUCUUG